AUAGUAUCAGUGCACUGCUUGAUCAAAAAUUAAGCACAUCUUUUUCUUCUUGUAUUGCCAACCUUAAAGAUACCCUAAUGAAAGAGAUUAGAGAUCAAAUUAGCUCCGAAAUCAGAUCUGUUGUAUCGAGUAUUAAGGAGGAAUUCGUCACUACAACUAAUACCCUCAAGAUAGAACAAAGCAAUAUUAAAUUGGAAAUGGGAAAAUUAGACAAGAAAAUAACAAAUCUCUCCUUAAACAUUAAGUCGGAACUAAAUAACAUACAGACUGCCUCCGCCGGAUUAAAAAGUGAAUUAAAUGACAUGUUCGAAAAAUUUUCAAAUGAGAACUCUCACAAUAACUCUAAAUUGAAAAUUAGACAGGAUCAAGUGGAAAAAGAGAUUAAUGAUCUUAAGGCCUCCAUCCAAUUUACUUCCCAGCAAUAUGAUGACUUGAAAGCUGGCUCGAGUUCUUCAACCAGCAACUCUAAAAGAAUUAACUCACUAGACGAAGAAAUUUCCUCGACUAAAAAUAUGUUGCAAGUGCUCCAAAGAGACCUAGAUGACCAGCAGCAACGGGACCGCUUCCUCAAUAUCGAAAUCGUUGGUUUACCGGAACGAAAAAGUGAAAACCUUGCUAAGCUUGUAAUUAAUAUGUCAGAACAUAUUAACACCCCUAUUACACUUCAGGAUAUAGACCACAUUCACAGAGUUCAGCCACGCCAGCAGAUAGACGGGCGGUCUAGGGUUGUCGUGUGUAAAUUACGGUCACGAUUAACAAAAAGUAAUAUAUUAGCGGGAUUUCGGAAAGCGCGAGGCCUAAAUACGGAGGACAUCGGCAUUGACGGACCCGCAGUUAAAAUUUAUAUACGCGAACAUUUAACUUCAAAAAACAAAGAUUUAUACAAGGAAGCCCGCCGAGCAUGCGUUCAGAGAGGCUUUAAGUACUGUUGGAUAAAGAACUGUAAAAUCUUAGUGAGAAAAAACGACAAUUGUCCUUUUUUUCAAAUAAACACCUUAGAAGACUUAAAAAAGAUAAUAUAAUUAGCAUUUUAAUGAAGAUAUU